GUUUGACUCAAAAUCUAAGGCGCUAAAGAAACAACAAUGGAGGAGGUCGCGGCUACUGCUCCUAACGAAGCCGUAGUAGAAAUCCUAAGGAAUAGAGGCUGGUGUUUAGGCGAUUUGGACCAAGUCAAUGCUCUCAUUGUAUUAUACACAGCUUUAUCCGAUGAUGUCGACGCGUGUUCGAUCGCUGCUAAGGUUGAAUCAGAGCUCGUUAACAUGGACCUUAGAUCCAUCAGUGGGAAAUCCUUACCCGAAAUCAACCUCCGGAAAUCUUCUCAUAUUCUAGGUCCCAAAGUGCUCCAGAUUUCGUCGGUUAGGGAUAUAUCUAGAAGCACCAUAGCGGAGUUUUCGGGGAAUUCGAGUAGUUCGCGUUUGCUGAGAUUGGGUCUGACUGAUGGUCAUAGUGAGAUGACUGCCAUAGAGUACUCUCAUGUUCCAGCAAUUCCAGACAAUGUGGUUCCUGGUACCAAGAUUCGUGUGGAAAAUAAAGCCAUGAUAAAGGGUGGCAUUUUAUGUUUGAACCCUAAAGUGGUAACUUUGUUAGGAGGUGUUGUUCAAUCACUCUAUGAAGAAUGGGAGAUGAAUAUAAAAUAUUCAGGUGUCUCCCGUUCAUCAUUAAGUUCAUCCCAGGAAAAUGGCACUGGUGGCCCUCCCCCAUUUGAGAAGUUGCAAAUUCAGGCACCUUCUAGCAGUAGGUCUGCUCAUCCUGGCCGAUCAUAUAAUUACUCUGAAUCAACACUGAAUAGCGCUGGACCUGCUAUGGCAAGUUCAGUUGGAAAAACUGAAAGCAGGUGGAGCAGAAGGAACCAGGAUGUUGAAGUAAAACCAGAUAAUGUGGAUAGUGGUCUUAAGACAGCUUUCAUAGCAGAAAAAACUGAAGAAAAUCCAAGUAGCUCGGAAGCAAGACCAAAAGAAGUAGCUGAGUCUGCCCCUCUUCAAAAUCAAGCUGCAUCUCAGAAGCUCUUGCAGAAAAUGAGCAAUUCUAACCUGGAUAGUCGACAUGCUAGAGGUCGAAAAUACAGGGGAAAGGGGAAACAAGAAGAGCCUAUGGUUUUUACUUUGGAUGAGUGGGAAAAGAGGAAAGUUGGCACAAAACCUCAGACGAGAAUUGAAUAUCCUGAAACUAGUUGUGAUGAAGACCUUGCUAGGCAGCUUCAGGCUCAACUUGACUUGGAAGAUUAUCAUACACAAAGCAUGCAUGACACUGAGGCAGAGAACAUUAAAAGAAGUAUGUUCAAAUAUGAAAGAGAAGAUGGUAGAGAUCAACAAGAGGGACGUGGAGGGAGAGGACGGGGGAGAGGGAGAGGAAGGGGGAGAGGGAGAGGGAGGGGGAGGUUCGGCUAACACUUUUUUCCACCCUUAUACUAUGCGUGCACUCUUAAUGUACAAGGGGAUUUAGGGUGGCGUGAAUUAUCAUUUUGGCACGGUUGAAGUUUUUCCCCUUCUGACUGCUUCAUUAUGGUGUCUUUGCUGUCAUGGCAUAUUAUUAGGCAAGCUUUCAAUAUUUUAAGAAUUUGUUGACAGAUGGGAUUAUUUUCAUUUCUUGAAUCCUAUAUUUGUACAGCUGAGAAAAUUUUGGAAUUGCCAUGCUUAUAAUUUACAAGUUAGGAACUGUUUGUAUUUCUAA